UCCUCUAGUCACACCGUACUUCCGCCCGCAGAGGCGCAGAGCGCAUUUGCUCGCUCGCUCUCCGCCGCAGACAGCCUCCGCCGAGCUCAUCUGCGGGCGGCUUCUAGGGUUUAAAAAUUUCCCCCAAAUCCCAGUUCGAUAUUCAUCCUCGUCACCGACCUGCGCCGGCGCCGUCGAUCACGGCCAUCUCCGGUGUCUGGUUGCUCUCGUAGGGAGGUAUGGAGGGCUGCUCCAAGACUAGCGCCGGCGCGGCGUCCGGCCUCCCAGACGACCCCCUGGUGGAGAUCCUCUCCCGCGUCCCUGCGAAGUCCAUCUGCCGGUUCAAGUGCGUGUCAAAGGCCUGGCGCGACCUCAUCGCGGACCCCGACCACCGUAAGAAGCUCCGCCAAGCCAUGCAGGGACUGUUCGUGCAGACGCCCGAGGUCUCCGAGGCUGACAAUACUAUAUUGGACCGUACAAAUUUCAGUUUCGUCGACCUGACAGUGGGAUCCAUGCCUCUGGACAUCGACCCUUGCUUCUCCUUCCUGCCGGAAAUGACUGGGAUCGAGAUAUACUUCUUGGAUUCCUGCAAAGGGCUUCUCCUUUUCGCGCAGCAUCAGGAGCCGUCUCACGGAUCGGGUGGCUAUAUCGUGUGCAACCCGACCACAAGGCAAUGGUCACCCGUGCUCGCUUGCGACACUCGCCUAGCGUUAAAUCACACCUAUUUGGCUUUUGAUCCGGCGGUAUCCUCUCACUUUCAAUUGGUUGAGUUCCAGAUGCACUAUUGGGAAGAUGGUGUAGUAUCGUUGCAUGUUUACUCAUCAGAAACUGGGACCUGGAGUCAAAACCAAAUUGAUGACCAAAGAGAGCAAGGACAUUUGGAAGGGUGGCAUCAUCAAUUUACACUAGACACUGUCCAUCAUCAGUGCGCCUUUGUUAAUGGCUUCCUACAUUUGAUAGUUUGGGGCUCAGAUAUACAGCACAUACUUGCUGUAGAUGUACAAGGGAAGGCAAGAAGGAUGAUCACGGUGCCAUUGCCAGAUAUGACUGAUGGGAGGCACGGGGACGCCUUUGUUUGUUAUUUAGGUCAAUCCCAAGGGCACCUACAUUGCAUGACUCUAGAGUCUGAUAACAAGAAACUAUCCACCUGGGUUCUUCAGGAUUAUGAUACACAGGAAUGGGUGCUGAAGAACACUAUGUGCACUUUGGAUGUCUUUGGAGAAAGAGAAAUGCCAGACUUUCAAGUGGUUGACAUUCAUCAAGAUUGUAAUGUGGUUUUCAUUUUUCAUCAGUUGAGCCAUGAGCUGAUAGCAUACAACAUGGACCGAAAGGAAGCAAGUGUUAUCGCCACAAUCGAAGAUCACAAAUUCCGACCCAAAUUUGCUCGCUACAUUCCCUAUUUCUCAGAAUCACCGGCUCUCACAAAUAAGUACUGAAAGUGUGUGCUCUAGUUAUGAGCUAGCCGCUUGGUUAAAUUCUAGUAGACUCAGUUGAAAUGUUUUGCUUGUGCCUGUAAGUAUGCCUUCUUAAUUAGUACUGUAAGUCUGUUGAGACAUUGGAUGUAUGCCUUCUCAUGCUUUUGAUCUAAAUUAGUACUGAAGCCUAUUGAGACAUUUAUGUAGUGUGACUUUAUGAAUGUAGUUAUAUUAAUGAAUGUUGUUGCACAAGUUGAACAAUUUCGAUUUUUGGUGAUAAGUUUUAUGAUUAGCAUGUUUUUUUUCAUGGCUGUGUUAAUAAGCAAUUAUUACUGUGAAUUUAGUUUGUUUGGUUGUGUGUUUAUUUAUGUCAAUCAACUCAAAGUUAUCUUCCAUGUUUUGCUAAUGUGCAUGUAUGGAAUGGUUUCAAAUUGAUGCCUUGCGGUUACAUCAAAAGUUUAGAAUCAAAAAGUCUUAUUUAUGUUGGAGAGGUAGUCUCUUUGGAGGAAACUUACACAGUUUCAAAUGUAAUAUGUGCAAUUAAUUGUCAUGUGGACAUGCCAACAUCAGUUGUAUUGUUGCUAGAGGCAUUCACUUUGAUCCAACUGGAUCUGCCUGGAAGAAAGGUUAAUUCUCUCCAAGAGAAGUACAUUGUUGGCACUUGCCUACUCUGGUUCCCAGGCGCUUGGGGCGAUGCCUUCUCAUCGACCUGUGGCCCUUCGCUGCAACAGCUGUGUCUCUUCUACACUCAAGGGGUGUCCAAACUCACUAUCUGCUCAGGCUCUCUUGUAAGUAUGCAUUUGCAUACUGUGCAAGGGUUGCAGCUGCUCACUAUCGUGUCUCCAAUGUUGAUAGACCUACGAAUUUUAAAUGCUUCUUUGAGAGGCAGCCAGUGGUUGGCAUCGUUGCUCCUAGUCUGCAAACGAUCGAUGGGCUGAUAAAUAUGAUCCAAGCUAGGUCCAGCUUGGUGAGCUGGCACAGCUAUGGAUACUAUCAACCUUAUGGUUUGCAGAUUGCCUGAGCGUCAGUACAAUUGGGGCAUUGUGAUGUUAUUGUGGCGCUUUUGGAAGAUCCCUGUUCUUUUCAUUACGAUCAUCUAUCCAAAUGAGAUGGUUUACUACCAGUACUUGAUGAAAGCCCUAACCUUGCUCCCGGUUGAGAACUUACACCUGCACUUAGCAACAUCUGGACAUGCCGUUAUCUCUUGUGUAUUCCAUUUCCUCACGAUUUUCACCAGUACAAGAAGGCUAUUUCUGCAGAUAAGUGUCAGGAGUUGCAUAUUUGUGGAUUGUGAGCGGUGCAGAUCAUGAUCUUGCAUUUGUGAAACGACUAUUGGGAUGGCAGCCAGUGCUCAAAACAGUUACUAUAAAUUUUGAUCCUUCAGCCGAUGAGGAGCUCAGAGCUAUAUAUUGUAAUGCUCGUGAAGGAACAAAACUCGAGGAUGUAAGCGCACAGCUACACGUAGUUAAUUCUUAGCAACUGAUUCGUCCGAGGAGUUGCAUAUUUGUGGAUUGUGAGCGGUGCAGAUCAUGAUCUUGCAUUUGUGAAACGACUGUUGGGAUGGCAGCCAGUGCUCAAAACAGUUACUAUAAAUUUUGAUCCUUCAGCCGAUGACGAGCUCAGAGCUAUAUAUUGUAAUGCUCGUGAAGGAACAAAACUCGAGGAUGUAAGCGCACAACAUCAUCUUAGUCCUGAACUUACAUAUUCUGAAAAUUUUCAUGUGGAUAAGAGAGAAAUGGAAACUUUGCUGGAGAAUCAGGAUACUGCCUAUGAGAAGUCUGGCCAUGGAAAAGAAAAAAAGCACAACCAGUAUCAGGCAUACAUUGAAGCCUUGUGCAGAUGAUUGCAGAAGAGAAGAGGAUUCUGACAUGCACUUGGCAUAAUAAAAUUAUGCACAGCAAGCAGUAUAACAUGUCUAGAAGUAGAGGAUGAAUAUGAUUUUGUUGAUGCUCCCACUAAAAAGGACAGAAAAAAGAGCAACGAGGCAUAUGACGAGACCAGAAGCACUAUUACACAUGUUGACUCAGAAGGAGUGCUGUUUGUAUUGCUUUGAGAACCCAUCCAGGCCAAAACAUGUGGUUGUUGCUAUUGGAAACUUCACUUGAUGCUGCCGCAGUUUGAGCC